AUGACCUUAGAGAAAGCUCUCUAUGAUUUAGGUGCCAGCAUCAACCUGAUGCCUCUCUCAUUAAUGAAGAAGCUUGCAAUAGAAGAGGUUAAGCCAACAAGAAUGUCACUCCAAAUGGCUGAUAGAUCACUCAAGAUACCCAAUGGAGUUGUAGAAAAUUUGUUGGUGAAAGUUGGAAAAUUCAUUUUCCCUGCUGACUUUGUCAUUUUAGACAUGGAAGAAGAGAGGCACAACUCAAUAAUCCUAGGGAGACCUUUCUUGGCCACAACAAGGGCUAUUAUUGAUGUGGAGAAAGGUGAAAUGACCCUCAGGGUUCCUGAUGAGCAAAUGAUCAUCAAUGUUUUUAAAGCCAUGCAAUACCCCCCUGAGAAAGCAUAG